AUGAGCAGCGCGCUCUUGCGUCCGAGGCGCCCUUCAUCCCCCGCAACCACCGAACGCUUGACCUCGAAGCUCCGCCCGACAAUUGAUACCUUGGCCAGUUGUAUACGCGAGUCGUUGUCUCUCGAAGAUGCAUUGGAGACUACAGAGAGCAUAUUGUUCCUCCGUCACGCGUUUAUCGACGAUGUCCAGCCCCGAGAAGCGAAGGACGCGUUCCGCAACCUGCAAGGGUUUCAGGUCCUCUUAGAGCUCCUCGAACGGCUUGAGGAGCGCUACGAACCGCGAUCGUUCGAUCCACAGCACCGAAAGGCAAUAUUGGCGUUGAUUAAGGAGAUAAUUGGCACUCUUGGGGAGAGCAUGAAGGACCACCAAGGCAAUAAACGUUACUUUGCAAAGCGAGUUCAAGGAGGCGGAAGCGCGUCCUUUGACAAAAGCUUGUCAAAUAUCGCUUCCAAGUUGGAGGAUAAUGUCGGUGGGAACAAUAUUGAAGUGGAACAAUUCUACGGCGGCCUCUUUGCUGCUGGGCUGGGACAACAAACCGUUUCAGGCAUUUUUACCUCAUUGAGGAAGAAGUACGAGAAUAGGGGAGAGCCUCUGUUACCAGCGAUCAGGGAAUCUGUAUUCGAGACGCUGAGUCCUUCAGAAACAGUGGAAAAUCCGGAAUUCCUUGGACUGGUAUUCCACCUCUGGCUGGAAUAUUCUUCGGACCUCUCAAAAUACCCAAUUCAGCGCUUGGCUAUACCUGCCUGCCUCUCGCAACUUGCUGCACAGACUGCCCGAAAUCGUCUAGGCCUCCACUCUACUGGAAUACUAACAUGCCUUUCAGAUUUUAUUGCCAAUUCGAACCGUGGCAAAGAAGAAUUAAGUCUUUAUGGCGAGCUAGCUACUACGCUAAGUUUAGAAGGGUUUGAUAGCCUUGACGGCGCCGAGGAUCUUUAUCGCAAAGCUCAUUGUUCUCUGGAGGCCUCCAAGUUCCUUCUGGCAACUGUCAAGUCGUCGAAACAACCCCCGUCAGUCCAAUUUGAUAUGGGACCCCAUGGCUACUCAUCAAUUGAACUACCCACACUUGGAAGGCUGUUCCCGCCAGUUAAUUCGGCCGGAUAUACACUCACGGUUUGGGCCCGAUUUGACAAUUUCGACCCUGAUGUUCACACUACAAUAUUUGGUGCCUUCGACCCAACCCAGACAUGCUUUAUACUUGCAUAUCUGGAAAAGGACACUCGCAACUUUAUUCUUCAAACUUCUAUUGCUGGUAGUCGCCCAAGCGUCCGCUUCAAAUCUACCGUUUUCUCUCCUGGCAUUUGGUAUCAUAUUUGCCUUGUUCACAAGAGACCUAGGCCGAUGUCCUCGUCGCGCGCAUUGCUAUUCGUGAAUGGGGAGCUCGUAGAGCAGCUGAAAACAGAUUACCCACAGCCACCAACCAGCCGCUCUGGUCAGAAAAUACCCCGCGUACAGGCUUUCUUAGGCACGCCGCAAGAUCUAGCAGUAAGGGUAGGGAAAGGCGUGUCAACAUCCAGAUGGUCUCUGGCUUCAGCUGUAUUGUUCGAGGAGGCGUUUACGGACGACAUCAUCUCUGUUCUGUGCCAGCUUGGACCACGAUACUAUGGUAAUUUCCAAGACUGUUUAGGCUCAUUUCAAACCUAUAGAGCCUCUGCAGCUUUGAAUUUACGGAAUGAAAACCUCCAUCCCGGGAAAGAGGAGCACUCGGACAUUAUGGCCGUGAUCCGUCAGAAAGGUAGCAUUUUGAUACCCGAGAAUUCUAUUUUACUGAAUAUCUCCCCGACUGCUGUUCUUGACAGUGACGCGAGUUACACUGAUGAGGCACAGUUAACCAAAUUGCUGUCGAAAAAUGCAGUUAAACAUCUUAACCAUUUUCUUAGAGUUAAAGGAAACUCUGUGGUCAUAAAUAGGGCUAUACCCGCAAUGAACAGUGCCUUGACUGAGCCGCAAGGCGUUGCCCUUCUGACGGGUAACCCCGUGAUAUCGGUUCCGCAAUCAUUGGAUGACGCUGCCUGGCGAAUUGGGGGCUGUGCUGCCGUCCAUCUGAGCCUGGUUGAUGCUGCUACUACGCCUGAGCAUCUUCGACUGGCCGUAGAAACCCUGCUCGAGUCAGUGCAAGAUAGCUGGCGGAAUAGCGAGGCUAUGGAGAAAGAAAAUGGCUACGGGAUUCUUAGUAUACUUCUGAGGGAGAAAUUGGGAAUCAGUGCGGCCGUUCCAAACGCCCCAAUAAAGAUCACGCCAGUCUGCUCUACUUUACAGGACAGAAACGAGCUUUCCAUGGAGCUGUUAAUAUUGAUCUUGAAGUUUGUGGGAUAUGACUUUGAAAACCCAAAGAAAUCUAUCAUCAUUAAUCCGCUGGCAUAUCGGGUUUUGUUAGUCGACCUGGACAUUUGGCGACUCGGAGAUCUCCCGCUGCUAGAGAUUUAUUAUUCCCAAUUUCGUACAUUCUGCCUUGAGAGUUACCAUCACCGGUUCAAUGCUAGACGACUAUCACGCAUGCGUGUCAUUAAGAGAUUGUUAGAUUCCUUGAAAGAUGACAUUUUCACAUCCGAGAAUAUAAAGCUGUUCAUCCCUACUUUUAGCUGCCUGACGAUCUGCUGCAUGACGGCUGAGGUUCUCCGAUCCAUUGCGCUUUUUAUUACAUAUUCUAUCCACCAACCCAAGCUUCAAACCAGGUUGCAGAAAAAGAAGAGCACCGCAAGUAUUGCAUUGCAAUUUCGACGGACCGCCGCACACCAGUUUCAGGGAAAGCAUGUUGAAUAUAUCUCUAAAGAGCACAUAGGCUUAGAGCUCCUUCGAGCUUUUACCGACAUUUUUUGUGCUUCAGAAAGCACUGUCAAUAUCCAGAAAUUUGCUAGGACAGUCACCAACAAGUGGCUUCUCUAUCUAAUCUCUGAAGAUGAUUCAGAAGUAGUUACCCUGGCGACUAAAAUUCUUGCGAGGUUACUUACGGUUCACGGAGCAAGCUAUACUAGAAAAUUUGACAAAUCCGGAGGUUUCGUGAUAAUGCGCCACUGCUUGAAGCGCUGGUGGAGGUUACCCACCACAUGGUUAUUUUGUUUUGCUAUCCUUUUUGGCGAGGAUGUCAAGAAUAUUGAUUCUUGCCGAGGGUUCGACACAACAGCAUUCUCUGUUUUAUUCGACCGCUUGGAAAAGAUCAAAGUCGUAUGUCCUGAGGUGUUUCCGGUUAUCACUGGGAUGCUACAGAGUGCAUUGAAGUCGUCUAUUCUAGGUGGACGCACUAUUGAACCAUCUGAAGAAAGUGAUGAAGAGCUCUGGCUUGGUGGUUCGAAUCGGAGUGGGAAGUCAUUUUUAGGAUCAGGGCUAAUGCUCACUCCAGGAAUUACGCAUAAAACUGAAGCUGCUCAUGAAGAUUUACUUCGUAACAUUGUUCGUUUUUUAGCUACAAUACACGCUAGAUCUUCGAACUUUCGCGACUUUACCGUGACGUCAAAUUAUGUCGACGAACUGCUUCUUGUCUUGUUCCCAGUUGUGGUCGGUUCUGACCCGGUGAAUGCAAGCGUUGAACUAAACUCCCGCAAUGCAGGCCUUACAUUUGGGAGUGAGAGCGUGAUGAUCCAGCCGCUUUCUGGCUCACGUCCAGUAUUGCGUACUCGCACCGUCGAGCGCACUGGAGACCAGGAAGGCGAGCAGAGGCUCCAACGAGGGUCAUCGUUUGUCCUAGUUUCGUCAGAUAAGGUCAAAUAUAAUCCAUCUUCCGCUCGAUUGCGGCAUGUCGUGGAGCCUAGAACUGACGUGAGCAGUGCCGUACCGGCACACUCCAUUGUUCAAGAAUUACUGGAUUUAAUAGUCUCCGUGUUUAUGGACCAGUUAUUAACCCGCAAGGAGUUCCCCGGUUUAACGAUAUUUUUAAGAAUACCUCCCGGAUUUGUUGAGCAUCAAGUCUACUUUGAAUCUUGGCUGCAGCGAAACUCGUUGCUGCAGAUAGAAAACUCUCUAUCGGCUAACCAAAAGCUGCUUUUAGAACCACGAGUCCUGACCAACCUCGCAAGACUACUAACCCAGGUUGCAGACGCUAUCUACGAAGGCUGGUUUAUCGACGGCGCUACUGCGACAUUGGAUUUCGCUGGCCCAAUUCUAGAAUAUCUCCAAAAGGGUGAAAUCGCAUCUCUGAAAAGCAUUCGUCUUUGCAGUCAAACCAUUGGCAAUAUACGAUCCAUAGUUUUUCGUACCGUCUUGUUGAGACUAUCUGAGACGGAAGAUACCACAGCGCUUUCUUUUCUAAAGCGCCUUAGCUACUGGCAAACGGCCCUCUUAGGUUCCGACGAAACUCAGACAGAACACCUACUGCUUAUGUGUUACCUUUUGUAUUCAAAAAUAGUUACCGAAGAAGGGGACGUUCGCUUGGAAGCCGCUGUGUUGUGGCGCAUCAUCAUGGUCCAGAAACCUACAGAAACCCUCGCUAUGUUGAAUCAAACUAGCACCUCGCUUCGGGAGCGACUUUCUGCUGGCUUCCAGCUGCUUGUUACAAUGGAUGACAGUGGUUUCUUGCAAUGGGUUGAUGAUCAACGUGACGACCUUGACUGCUUCUUCUUUGGUACAUUAUCGAAGGUAUGGGAGAAUUUUGUCAAACAGGAAAACAACAAGACGGACGAAACCGCUAGAAUCCGGGUCUCAAAGAGAAAGGAGAAACUUAAACAGUGGAGUCAAACCGACGCCACGAAUGAAGAGAUUAUUCGCAGACAUGAUGUUACAUUCGGGCAUUGGACUUCAAACAUUUCGCUUUCUGAAAAGUUGAAACAUCAAAGAUAUGCACAAGAUCAGCAGGACGACUUUACAUUUUUGUUGUCCAGCUUUUCCCGCAUAUACCGCAACCUCCGACAUGACAACGGCCUUCUUGCUGAGCGUGGGGACGUCAAAUGGCGCUUAGACCAAACAGAAGGUCGCAGCAGAAUGCGUCAGCGUAUUGUUCCCGAUGAUACACUGGGUAAACAAGACUAUCAGCCUAAACGCAGAACGACUGGCGAAUCGAAUAAACCGGAUACCCGACAGCGCUCCAAUACGGAGAGGAGUGAUGUGGUGGCUGUCACUCCAACGGAAAUAGCGGCUGAAGGGAUAGACGAAGGGUCAGGAGAAAACGAACCCGAUGAUAAAACGGGCCUUGAUGACAGCUUUGAAAUCAUUGACGGACCCAGAGAAAGUGACGAAGAUUAUGAAGAUAAAAAUCGAAAGGUGAUGAGGAGCCUCCAUCGAGGAGACCAGGUUCAGCAUGUGUGCAAUGUGUCCAGGAUCAUUGGGCUGGAGGCGUGCGAGGGUCUUUUGAUUCUAGGUAAAGACAACAUCUACAUCAUGGAUAACUACUUUCAGCGUCCUGACGGAGAGAUCGUCAAUGUCUGGCAAGCUCCUCGAGAGGAGCGUGAUCCAUAUGUGCGGAUGAUCUCUGGCCGAGAGUCAAACGAACGAAAAUACAACAAUGGCGAGCACGAAACGAAGAGUUGGAGUUGGCUGGAUGUGGUUAGUGUCUCUAAACGCCGGUUUUUAUUCCGAGAUGUGGCCCUUGAGAUAUUCUUCACGGAUGGACGCAGUUUUCUAGCAACUUUGAUUUCGUCCGCGGCUCGAAACGAGCUACAUUCCCAAUUGAUUUCUCGUGCGCCGCAAACCCAAGGAGUCGGCAAUUCGUCACAGCUAGACGACUCAUGGAGGUUUGAAACACUUCGGAAUCAAGAAAGUAAGCCUCAAUUCUUCGGCUCCAAACUUGCCAAUGUCUUUGGUCAAGGGGGUUUACAUCCCGCAACCCGAAAAUGGCUAAAAGGCGAAAUGUCGAACUUUCACUAUCUGAUGCUGGUAAACACGCUCGCUGGACGGACUUUCAAUGAUUUAACCCAGUAUCCUGUUUUCCCUUGGGUGCUUGCGGAUUACACGAGCGAAGAGUUGGAUCUUACCAACCCAAAAACCUUUAGGGAUUUGUCGAAGCCGAUGGGGUGUCAAACCCUUGAGAGAGAGGCAGAAUUCAAGAGCAGGUAUCAGUCUUUUGCGGAGAUGGGUGAUCAUAACGCUCCUCCUUUCCAUUACGGAACCCAUUACUCUUCCGCCAUGAUAGUCUGCUCAUAUCUGAUACGACUUCAACCAUUUGUUAAAUCUUACCUUCUGCUGCAAGGCGGGACAUUUGACCACGCUGAUAGAUUAUUCUAUUCGGUCCCCAAAGCAUGGAACUCGGCCUCAUCGACAAAUAUGACAGAUGUAAGGGAAUUGACGCCGGAGUUCUUCUACCUACCCGAAUUCCUGGUCAACUUCAACAAGUAUGAUUUUGGCCUGCGGCAGAGUAUGACCCAAGCUAUAGACACCGUGGAACUCCCACCUUGGGCUAAAGGCGAUCCAAAGAUUUUUAUCACAAAGCACCGUGAAGCGCUUGAAAGCCCCUAUGUGAGCCGAAACCUCCAUCGAUGGAUCGACCUCAUUUUCGGUUAUAAACAGAAAGGUGACGCUGCUCUUGAAGCGGUGAAUGUGUUUCACCACCUAUCUUACCAAGGGGCAAAGGAUCUUGACAACAUCGAAGACCCCGUCGAGAGGCUAGCAACAAUCGGGAUCAUUCAUAAUUUUGGACAAACGCCGCACCAGGUGUUUAAUAAACCACAUCCCCAGCGGGAAGAAGUGCACCACAAGCUUAACCAGUUAGAUAUUGCGGCAGAGAGCUUGACCCGUCUUCCGUUUACACUUUUAGAUACCCAAGAACGUGUAACAUCUUUAUCGUUUUCUGUCAAGCACGAUCGACUGCUUUGUGCGGCUGCGUUUAGAUUGAAUAUUCCACCUAAUUAUGAUAAAUACAUGGAAUGGGGGUUUUCGGACAACAGCGUCCGCUUCUACGCUACAGAUACCAGGAAGCUCGUUGGUCAUUUCGAACAUCUACAUAUUGGGCAAUUGUCGUGUUCAAUGUUUGCAGAUUCCCAAACACUAAUUACCGCUGGUGUCGAUUGUACCAUAUCGGUAUGGUCGUAUACCGCAACUGGGAGAUCUGUUGACUUGCACCCUAAAGCCUCGCUCUUCGGACACCGGAAACCGGUGACAAUGUUGGCAGUGUCUCGUUCCUUUAGUACCAUACUGUCGGCCUCCAGGGAUGGUAAACUGAUGCUUUGGGACCUUAAUCGACUGGAAUUUGUGAGAGAAUUACCACCUGGUGAACCCGUCGAUCACGUCCGUAUAAACGACGCUACCGGAAAUAUCAUGGUCUGCCGUGGCAACCGCGUAAAUCUCUAUUCGCUAAAUGGGGCGUUGCUUCUCGAGCAAGUGGUUUGCGACCAAAACGAGGACAGCGUGCUCUCAUGUGCAUUUUACGAAGGCGUCAGCAAUGAGUGGUUAGAGCGGGAGUUGAUUCUCACAGGUCAUCGGCGUGGACUUGUUAAUGUUUGGAGCAAGGCUAUUCGAAACGGGCGGUUCGAACUGGACUUGAUUCGACAACUCCAUCACGUUGACCAGGUUCGGGGAGACGGAGCAAUGUCUGCUGCAGGUAUUACCUGUAUCCUACCUCUGGCGCAGGCGGUCUAUACGGCUGACGAGGCUGGACAUGUGGUCUAUGAGGAGGUACACAUACUGGCUGGUGGUUUUGUAGACCUCCAGGUCUCUGAUUAG